GGGGGGGUCCAGGCAGCUCUGUGGAACUGCAGUCUGCAGUGGGCUAGUAGGAUGAGAAGGUCCAGGGGUAGUUUGGGAAACGAGGAGAAGCAUCACCUCCCGAGACGGUAAACCUCCUGAAAAGACGAUUCAAACUCCAGAAGGACCAACACCAAAUAAAUUAUGAAUGUUGAACAAGAUGACCUUACAUCCACAGCAGAUAAUGAUAGGUCCUAGGUUUAACAGGGCCCUAUUUGACCCCCUGCUUGUAGUGCUGUUGGCUCUUCAGCUUCUUGUGGUGGCUGGUUUAGUGAGGGCUCAAACUUGCCCUUCUGUCUGCUCCUGCAGCAACCAGUUCAGUAAAGUGAUCUGUGUACGGAAAAAUCUUAGAGACGUGCCAGACGGCAUCUCCACCAACACCCGGCUACUCAAUCUCCAUGAGAACCAGAUCCAAAUCAUUAAAGUUAAUAGCUUCAAGCAUCUGAGGCACCUAGAAAUCCUGCAGCUCAGCAGGAAUCACAUCAGAACAAUUGAAAUAGGGGCUUUCAAUGGUCUGGCCAAUCUCAACACUUUGGAACUCUUUGACAAUCGUCUGACCACUAUCCCAAAUGGGGCUUUUGUAUACCUGUCAAAACUGAAGGAACUGUGGUUGAGAAACAACCCCAUUGAGAGCAUCCCUUCUUAUGCUUUUAACAGAAUCCCUUCUCUCCGGAGGCUGGAUUUGGGGGAGUUGAAAAGGCUUUCAUACAUCUCAGAAGGUGCCUUUGAAGGUCUGUCCAACUUGAGGUAUUUGAACCUUGCCAUGUGCAAUCUUCGAGAAAUUCCUAACCUUACUCCACUUGUAAAACUGGAUGAGUUAGAUCUUUCUGGGAAUCACCUGACUGCCAUCCGGCCAGGCUCUUUCCAAGGGUUAAUGCAUCUUCAGAAAUUGUGGAUGAUACAGUCCCAGAUUCAAGUGAUAGAAAGGAAUGCUUUUGAUAACCUUCAGUCACUUGUAGAGAUCAACCUGGCACACAACAAUCUGACACUUCUGCCUCAUGACCUGUUCACACCACUCCGCCUGGAAAGGAUCCACUUGCAUCAUAAUCCUUGGAACUGCAAUUGUGAUAUCCUUUGGCUCAGCUGGUGGAUUAAAGACAAGGCACCCUCGAAUACUGCAUGCUGUGCACGUUGCCACACGCCUCCCAGUUUAAAAGGAAGGUACAUUGGUGAGCUGGACCUGAAUUACUUCACAUGUUAUGCUCCAGUCAUAGUGGAGCCACCAGCAGACCUCAACGUCACAGAAGGCAUGGCUGCAGAGAUGAAAUGCCGGGCAUCGACCUCCCUGACCUCCGUAUCUUGGAUUACUCCAAAUGGAUCUGUAAUGACACAUGGGGCAUACAGAGUUCGGAUUGCUGUGCUCAGCGAUGGCACAUUAAAUUUUACAAAGGUAACUGUGCAAGACACGGGUUUGUACACAUGCAUGGUGAGUAACUCUGUUGGGAAUACCACGGCUUCUGCCACGCUGAAUGUGACCGCCCUGGAUAACCCUGGUUACACGUACUUUUCAACCGUCACGGUAGAGACUGUGGAACCUUCUCAGGAUGAGGCACAGACCACAGAGCAGGUUGGGCCCACACCAGUUACCAACUGGGAAACCAUUAACAUGACAACCUCACUCACUCCACAGAGCACAAGAUCAACAGAAAAAACAUUCACCAUUCCUGUGACGGACACAAACAACGGGAUCCCAGGAAUAGAUGAGGUUAUGAAGACUACCAAAAUCAUAAUUGGUUGUUUUGUGGCUAUCACUCUUAUGGCUGCUGUGAUGCUGGUAAUUUUCUACAAAAUGAGGAAACAGCAUCACCGGCAGAACCAUCAUGCUCCAACACGGACUGUAGAGAUCAUUAAUGUGGAUGAUGAGCUUACAGGUGACACACCCAUAGAGAGUCAUUUGCCCAUGCCAGCAAUAGAGCAUGAGCACUUAAAUCACUAUAACUCUUAUAAAUCUCCUUUCAACCACACAACAACAGUUAACACAAUAAAUUCAAUACACAGUUCAGUGCAUGAACCGUUAUUGAUCCGAAUGAACUCGAAAGACAAUGUUCAAGAGACUCAAAUCUAAAACAUUUAUGACAUUAAGGGGUGGGGUGGGGGGACAACAAAAGAUGGUUUAUAAAACAAAUGACACAAAUGACUGGGCUAAAUCUACUGUUUCAAAAGUGUCUUUACAAAGAAAAAGAAAUUUAUUUAUUAAAAAUUCUAUUGUGAUCUAAAGCAGACAAAAUUAUGUGUAUUCCUCAGAACCUGUUUUUGCUGCAGUUAUUUACCCUCCUCGUUCCCGUUUUCCUGCCCAACCUACCCUGACUCCCAUUUGCCAUAUUUUCAUAGGAGAUCUUGAUUCCCUAAAAGAACUGAUCUAGGAAAUUUUGUAAGAAUUCUGUUACACUUUGGGAAUUUUUAUGGUGAAUUCUAGUGGUGAGAUUCGGUCUAUUUUGUCACUUUCUCUUUUUUCUUUUG